AUGACAGUCUAAUUUGUCUUCAUGAACAAUGUGGUUGACUGAUACUGUAUCAGCAUUGGUACAGCCAUGGACAAAGAAUUCAACAUUAUAUUAAAGAAUAUAAACAUCCACGCACCUUCCACAAAAGAUAUGUGUGAGUGAUCCUUCACUAUCACAAUCCUAGCUUCUUCUUCCUCUUCUUCUUUAUCCCUCGGAUCACUUGGGAACCUCUGGAUAUGGAUAGCAGCCAGUGGCCUAGGAGCAUGGGGUUGCAGGUGAAGCCCAUGGAGACUCUGUUUGCAGCCUCCUACUCCUCCUCCACCGCCACCGUCAGCGGCAGCACAGCGCUGGUGACGGAGAGGGAGAAGGCGAGGCAGAGGGCAAGGCCAAGGCCAAGCAAGGAGCAGGCCCUGAACUGCCCCAGGUGCAACUCCACCGACACUAAGUUCUGCUACUACAACAACUACAGCCUCGCCCAGCCCAGGUAUUUCUGCAAGACCUGCAGGAGGUACUGGACGCAGGGUGGCUCCCUCAGGAACGUCCCUGUGGGCGGCGGAUCAAGAAAGAACAAGAGGCCCAUCUCUCUCUCCGCCGCCGCCACCACUGCAGAUAUCCACCAGAUAGAACUUGCCUCCAAAUCCCCAAAGCUGUUCCAUGACCUCCCUGAUGAGUUCAAUAGCAUUGUCCUUGGGCCAUUAAUCAUGCCCGCCAUGCCAUUUCCUGAUUACACCAGCAAUGAAUUUUUUGGACUUCCACUCGAUGGAAGCGCCGACAGUAGCCAGCUUCUGUUUCCUUUUGAGCAGACGAAACAUGCAGUGACUUCAUUCAACGUUGAGGCAGAGAAGUUGGAGCAGAACAAGGAAGGACUUCACUAUGCUCUUCCGCCUGGAUUUUAGUUGGCAUUAUUGUAUCAUGGGAGAUGAUCUCUGAAGUUUCCAGCUUCACCUUCAAAAGAUUGCCUUGAUCUGGAAAUGAAGACCAAAAGAGAUGCAAGAAUGACGUUUUGAUGUUUGUGGUGAUCGUAAUUGAUAUAAAGCAUACAGGCACCAGAGAAAUUGAGCAGUAGUGUAAUCUGUUGUCUGGAAGUCGACAUGCAUCAGUAAUGUUUUUUAUGUCACUUUUACCAUCA